CGCCAGAGCGCAUUGCCGGCGUCGCAGCUGCCCGUGCGCCUAGAUCUGUGCCCGCCACCUGCUGCCAUGAAGACCCCCGGCGAGGUGCUGCGCGAGGGCGAGCUGGAGAAGCGCAGCGACAGCCUCUUCCAGGUGUGGAAGAAGAAGCGCGGCGUGCUCACCCCCGACCGCCUGAGCCUGUUCCCCGCCGGCCCCGGCGCGCGCCCCAAGGAGCUGCGCUUCCACUCCAUCCUCAAGGUGGACUGCGUGGAGCGCACGGGCAAGUACGUCUACUUCACUAUCGUCACCACCGACCGCAAGGAGAUCGACUUCCGCUGCGCGGGCGAGAGCUGCUGGAACGCGGCCAUCACUCUGGCGCUCAUCGACUUCCAGAACCGCCGCGCCCUGGAGGACUUCCACAGCCGCCAGCAGCGCGAGGCGACUGCCGAGCAGCCCGGGGCCCGGACCGCCCGCGUGCCCUGAGCGCCACCCGGAGCUAUACACUGGAGGAGUCGAGCCGGAUGCGGGGCGGCGCUGGCAGGAGCCCAGGGGCUCCCCUCCACCGCGGGGGGCCCGGUGGGCUCCCUCCCACUGACCACGGCGAGGACGGAGGCCGUGUCCCUGCCCCGCAGAGGGAGCCUUCCCAUGCAGACCUGUAGAGUUUCGCCCCGCUGCGCGGGCACCUUAAAUUAUUAGAUUAUCUAUGUAUUUAUUAUGAUGGUUAUUAGUCGUCAAACCAUCUGUCUUAAUAUUUUGUUUUUGCAUCGAUGUGUCCAUUCCAAAUAAAUCGCUUAAGCUGUCUUUCUACCA